AUGUCUGAUAAAAGCAAUCUCCAGCAUCCAAGCCGUUGCCGUGUACUGUCCUUCACUGUAGCAAUACACCCCCAACGACAAAGUUUUCUGAAUCCAACCCGGUCUCAGCUGAGUAAAUGUGGAAUAUCCCAUAGUGUGCACAGUUUGCAAAUGGAUGUAGCUCAUGCCAACGCUAGUGUGAUGCUAGCCACCAAUAAAGUGAU